AUGAACAGCACAUGUAUUGAAGAACAGCACGACCUGGAUCACUAUUUAUUUCCGAUUAUUUACAUCUUUGUGGUCAUAGCCAGUGUCCCAGCCAACAUCGGAUCUCUAUGUGUGUCUUUUCUGCAAGCAAAGAAGGAGAAUGAGCUAGGAAUUUACCUCUUCAGUUUAUCACUCUCAGAUCUGCUCUACACAUUAACUCUCCCUCUAUGGAUUGAUUACACUUGGAAUAAUGACAACUGGACCUUCUCUCCUGCCUUGUGCAAGGGGAGUGCAUUCUUCAUGUACAUGAACUUUUACAGCAGCACGGCCUUCCUCACCUGCAUCGCCGUUGAUCGGUACUUAGCUGUGGUCCACCCUUUGAGGUUUUCUUUUUUAAGGACAAGAAGAUUUGCCUUCAUGGUCAGCCUAGCCAUCUGGGUAUUGGAAACCAUGUUCAAUGGUAUUAUUCUGUGGGAAGAUGAAACAACUAUAGAAUAUUGUGAUGCCAAGAAGUCUAAUUUUACGUUAUGCUACGACAAGUACCCCCUGGAGAAGUGGCAAAUCCAUUUCAACUUCUUUAGGACAUGUACGGGGUAUGCAGUACCACUGGUCAUUAUCAUGAUUUGCAACCAGAAGGUCUACCAAGCUGUGCAGCAUAAUCAAGCCACAGAAAACAGUGAAAAGAAGAGAAUCAUAAAACUCCUUGUUAGCAUCACAUUGACUUUUGUCUUGUGUUUUACUCCCUUUCAUGUGAUGCUGCUGAUUCGCAGCAUCUUAGAGCAUGAUGUGAACUUCAGUGAACUUAUCUUUAAAGACCAUAAGUCUGGGAAGCAGACUUAUAAAAUGUAUAGAAUCACGGUUGCAUUAACAAGUUUAAAUUGUGUUGCAGAUCCAAUUCUGUACUGUUUUGUCACUGAAACAGGAAGAUCUGAUAUGUGGAAUAUAUUAAAAUUCUGUACUGAGAAGCUUAAUAACUCAAAAGGACAAAGAAGAAGCAUACUUUCUAUGUCUACCAGAGACACCAUGGAAUUAGAAAUCCUGGAAUAG